GGCAACUGCAACACAAACACCCCUGAUGGCGCUAUAGUCUGAUGGCUGAGACUUCUUACUUAGGUUUAAGAUAAUGGAGAAGUACGAGAAGGUAAUGUAUUUGGGCAGAGGAGCAUCUGGAGAGGUUUUCCUGAUGAAACACGCUGAAUCUGAGCGGCUGCAUGCAGUGAAGAGAAUCAAACUGGGAAGUACAUUGACACAGAGGGCUGUUUUUCAAGAGGCGGAGAUCAUCGGCAAGCUGAAGCAGCCUCACAUUGUGAAUUGCAGCGAGGCUUUCGUAAGCCCUGAUGACGGCUUUAUUUACAUUGUGAUGGACUACUGCGAUGGCGGGACGCUAGACGACAAAGUCAAAGAGAGGAAACCAAGAGACUUCUUCAUGGAAAAUACGGUCAUGGGAUGGUUUGUGCAGGUCGCUCUGGCUGUGAGUUACAUCCACAAGGUCAAAAUACUUCACAGGGACAUCAAAACCUCAAAUGUGAUGCUAACAAAACAAGGCAUGGUAAAGUUGGGUGACUUUGGGGUAUCCAGAGUGAUGACAUGCACAGCAGACAUGGCCUCCACAUGUGUUGGAACUCCCUGCUACCUCAGCCCAGAACUCUGCCAAGAUGUCCCUUACAGUUCCGAGUGUGACAUCUGGGCCUUGGGCUGCCUCCUCUAUGAGAUCUGUGCUCUUAAGCCUCCAUUUACCGCUUCCAAUCUCCUCAGUCUCUUCCACAAAAUCACCAAAGGAGAGUACGAUCCAGUGCCUGACCUUUACUCCCAAAACGUAUUUUCUUUAAUCCAGGCAAUGUUAAACAUUAAACCCCAAAACAGACCAAGUGCUUCCUGUCUGGUUGAUGGCGCCUUUGUGAAAGAACACUUACGGCGUAUUCAAUAUAGCAACAUGCUGAAUGACGACGGCGAAGUGGAGGAAGAUGGCGCCCAUGCUGAUGCACAUAAUCAAAGUGGCUCCCUUUACCCUGAUGACUUUGACGAAGACGAGGAGGGGAGUUUGUCUUCUUUAGAGGAACAAAGCCAACAUUCAGUAUUUUCACAGUGUUACCAAGAUGCUGGGGAACAAGUGGAGUAUCCCGAUGACUUUGAAGAAGAUGAGGAAAAGGAUGAGUGUUCAGAUGUGGCAUAUGGAUAUCACAGUUCCUUUUUAGCGCACGAUGAGUCUCUGGAUGAGUUUCAGCUCUGUGAUGCUGGAGGAAUGGUUGUCACAUUGAAGGCCUUGAAGGAGAAAGGCUGAAAAUGUACAUUUGAACAGACUGGGAUGUUUGGGGAAUAAACAACAAAAAUGCUGUACAUGCCCCAAAAGUGCGUAUGAGGUUAGAGGCUUGUUUUAGAAUUUAUGUGAGUGUGGAGUUGCCGUGAUAACCACUUGGUGAAGCCAAACACACCACACUACAAGAAAGUGCAGGUCAUGGAUUCAUUCAUAAUGAUACUGACGGGAAACAGGACGCGGGGCCAAUUAAUAGCCGUCAAAGCUCACCGAGUGGAAUCACAGACAAGCCUUUUUUCUUUGAAAAUUCUUGUGAAUAGCCCUGGCCCAAUUCUUGAGUAUAGAUAAGGACGUAAAACAGUCUGGACUCUUUGUUAAAAGAGCAAAAAAACGAGCGGUUAGCAUUUAUUUUACGUAUAUGUCAAAGUACGACGCUAGUCUGUUCGUCAAUGUGGCGGCAGCUUUACAACAAAGAGCUUUUUACGUUGAAAAUUCUUGUGAAUAAAUGCUUCAAUACCCAAAUUAUUUAUAGAUAUGGACAUAUAACAGUCUCAAUUUUUGGUUAAAAGCAGAAAAAAAAAAACGUGCAGAUAGCAUUUAUUUUACGUAAAUAUGCAUGGAAAAUGAAUGAAUGAAUGAAUGAAUGUCAAAGUACGAUGCUAGUAUGUUAGUCAAUGUGGCGGCAGCUUUACAUCUAAGAGCUUUUUACUAAGGUUGAGAACGAUAAACCGAUACGACCGGAUAUCCGGUUUUCCAGGUGAGAGAUACAGAUGUAUCGAUAGUAAAGUUACCAUUCGACAGUAAUUAGCCAUUAAAUAUUCAGUGAACCGAUAGUAGAGAUAGAAUUCGGCUAUCGUGAGCACAAGAAUCUGCUUCUAAUGCCUAGUUCAAUGCAUUGCUAAAUAUGAUAAUUUAGCUUUUACUUCACAUGCUGCGCUUGUGUCUUUCAGUGAAUGACACAAGUGCGCGUCAUUCACCACACAGCGCACAAUUAGAUCGAGACCGCACGCAUGAUAUAAUAUGGACAAGCACUACUCACAGUCGUGGUUGCCACAAGUUACUUCCCAUGCAUUUCGGCAGAACCGCUACUAGUCGCCGUCAUUACCCGAUCGUCACGGGCGUGUCAUAACAACGCGAGAGCUAACGAAACCACUGUAACGCACGCAGCGUAGCGUUUUCUUCACAGCCCAAAACGAAAACGAAACUAGUAGUGGCAACGUAGAAGCAUGCUAAAACAAUGGACAGUGUGAUCACCGACGGCAGCGACGUGCUGUGAUUGAUUUUCAACGCACCCAGGAAAACAAAAGUCGGACUUUGAAGUGAUGAAGGCAGCCAGAUCUGUUCGCAUGGGACAGAGCUUGUGUGAAGUGUGGAGCGGUACAGAAAUCGUGAGUUUUAACCCUGAAAAAUAACCCACUAUAAUGCUGGAAAGGGCGGCAUAUUGUUUCCACGAAACACAGUCUGCUUAAACAUGAACAUGUGGAUUAGUUGAUCUUCCUCAAGAAAAAUCUGCCCUUCAAAAAAGAUACGGACAGUGAUUAGCAAUAAAAAAUGAGGAAGCACGGGCAUAAGUGAAUGACUUUGCUGUGUAUUAGGUUAAAGUAAUGAUUAUUGACCUGUCUAAAAUGCUAUGUUUUUAUUCCCUCAAUUAUACCAGUCGUAAAGCAUAAUUUAUUAUUUAUUUAUGAUAACACUAGCAGGUUUAAAUUUUUUUUCAAGAGCUGCUGCAUAUAAUUAAUAUUUUUUGUUUGUAAGAUGUUUAUAUUGAACGUUUGCACUUAAAUUACUUACCUCUUGUGUUAAAAACACCAGGAAAUACAGUAAUUGAAUUACUGCACUUUAUUGUUGUCUGUGACUGGAGUUUUAUUGUAUUAUCAAUCCCAUCCAACAAAAUGACGGUCAUAUAGUAAGCCUUUUUUUUUUCUCAUAAAAAAUAAAACAUAACAUUGGUAUGAAAUUUUGUUAAUUUUGCUAUUUAAAAAUGUGGUCUUUUUUAUAUUUUUAAAAUACUGUACGAACACACACACAACAAAUGUUUACUAUCGUAUCAUUUUCACUCUGUAUCGAACCGUAUCGUUCUUAAACUGUAUCGCAUCGUAUCGAAUCGCUCAGCCUUAAAAAUGUAUCGUUUUUUAAUCGAAUCGUAACCUGUGUAUCUAGAUACAUAUCGAAUCGGCUUCAUGCCAGAGAUUCCCAACCCUACUUUUUACAUUGAAAAUUCUUGUGAAUAAAUGCUUAAAUCCCCAAAUUAUGUAUAGAUAUGGACAUAUAACAGUCUCGAUUUUUGGUUAAAAGCAGAUAAAAAAACGUGCAGUUAGCAUUUAUUUUACGUAAAAAUGUCAAAGUACGAUGCUAGUAUGUUAGUCAAUGUGGCGGCAGCUUUACAUCAAAGAGCUUUUUACAUACAAAAUUCAUGUGAAUAAAUGCUUAAAUCCCCAAAUUAUUUGUAGAUAUGGACGUAAAACAAUCUUGAUUCUUUGUUAAAAAAGCAAAAAAACUGGCAGUUAGCAUUUAUUUUACAUAAAUAUGUCAAAGAAUGAUGCUAGUCUCUUCGAAAAUGUGGCGGCAGCCUUACAACAAAGAGCUUUUUAUGUUGAAAAUUCUUGUGAAAAAACGAAAAAAAAUUUUUUUUACCUUGAAUCCUCGAUGAAUCACACCUGAGACAAUCCUGUUUGUAUGCGGUACAGCUUUCAUACAUUUUCAACCUAAAUCCGGCGUUGGAUCGCCACAUGUGUCGCUGUGACCGACUGCGGAUAACUGAAGCGGAUUGUGGGAUGGCCCCCUACUUGAAGGCGUGGCUCAGUGAAGGUGGAAUCUGACCCGUCAAUAUCAUUAUGAAGUCUUUUGUGCAGGUGUAGUCAGAGGCCUUAAAAAGUCGUUCAUGCAUUAACUCUGAAUUGUAGCCAAUGUUUUUGUCAAUAUCUGUUUUGUAUUUGAGAAUGAGGUAAUGCUG